CCAGCGCCGCCAUUUUGUGGGCGCAUCCCGACAGUCCUCCUCUUUUCUCCGCUGGCGCCAUUUUUCCCCCGCUUCCCUUAUGUCUUGCUCUCUUUCUGUGGCAAGAAAACGGGCGCCAUGUUUGUAAGGAAGACGUAGCCCCCAGAGCAGCAGAGCCCCUCCGCCGCCGGCCUCCUCCGCCCCCUCUACCCUCCACCCCCGUUUCCUAUAUAGAUAGAUAGAUAGAUAUAUUUACAUUGUUAUUUUAAUGUUUUAUUAUUGUUCCCCCUUCCUUCCUUCCUUCCUUCCUUCCUUCCUCCUCCUCCUCCUGAGGCGGGUGCUUUGUAGCCCCCUCACCCUCCUCGGGCCGCCUUUUUGUUCCCUUUUCUCUUUUGCCAAGGCUGGUUGUUGCGUGUCGGUUGUUGUUGUUGUGUGUGUGUGUGUGUGUGUGUCCCUGAAGCCGUGGGUGAAAUCGUCCCUAUUGAACGGGAGAUAGAAGAAGCCACAAUAUUUCUCCCCCAGAGACACAACGGCUGCGUUGUUGUUGUUGUUGUUGUGUGUUUCCCUGAAAUCUUUAUUGAGAUUGAGGGGAUAUAGAAGCCACAACGGCAGGGUUGUUGUGGUUAAGUUGUGCGUGUGUUUGUGUGUCUCCCUGAAGCUGUGAGCGGAAUAUUCAUAUUGAGGGUAUAUCAAAAGCCACAACAUUUUCUCCCUGACUCAACAGCGGGGUUGUUGUUAUUGAGUUGUGUGUGUUUUUGUGUCUCCCUGAAAUCUUUAUUCAUAUUUAGGGGGAUAUAAAAGCCACAAUAUUUUCUCCCCCAACACAACAGCAGGGUUGUGGUCGUGGUGUGUGUGUGUGUGUCCCUGACGCUGUGAGUGAAAUCUUUAUUGUGGUGUGUGUUUGUGUGUCCCCCUGAAGUCUUUAUUCAUAUUUAGGGGGACAUAGGAACCACAAUAUCUUCUCCCCAGGUUCAACGGUGCUGGUGCUGGUGGCGUUGUGUUUGUGUGAGAGUGUGUGCAUGUUGUGUGUGGUGCGUGCUUGCCUCCUCCUCCUCCUGCUCCCUCCUCUCCCGCCACCGGCAGCCCGUGUCCUGCCUUCCUCUCCUUCUCCUUCCUCCCUCCUCCUCCUCCUCCUCCUCCCUUCAUCACACACACAGCCAGAGCCAGCACAAUGGCCUUUGAAAGCCUGUUCUCCAAGCCCCCAAACCCAAACCUUGACCAAAACAUGCCCGACUCUGACAGGCAACAUGCAGGGGACGAAAGAGAGGAUGGUGAACUUGAGGAUGGCGAAAUAGAUGAUACUGGGUUUGAAGAAGAUAAGGAUGAACAAGAUGCAAAAACUGAAGAUAAACAGAAAAAUGAAAAAACACAUAGAAAAUCCCGAAAGAAGCGCAAAAAAGAGAAAGAGAAGAAAAAAUCAAAAAGGAGAAGACGAGAAAAACACAAGCACAACUCCCCUUCUAGUGAUGAUAGUUCUGAUUAUAGCAUUGAUUCUGAAGCUGAACGUUCAGAAAGGCCCCAUAAGAAAGGAAGCAGUUUCUACAGAGAAUAUGACUCUUCAUUUCAGCAUGGGUAUAUUUCAGGGAAGUAUACCUCUUUACAGAAGAUGCCCUAUAACAAAAAAUCAAAAAACAAAGACUAUGAUAGUUAUAGCGAUGACUUUGGCUACAAUGAGGAUGAAAAAGAGGAUUUUGCUGACCAGCUAAAACAAUAUAGACAAGCUAAAGAGACUUCAAAUACUGAUUUAGAAGAUCCAGUUUCAAAAGAAAUGAAAAAACAAGGAAUGAAAGGGAUUCAGAAAGGUGUUGGACAAACUGGCAAUAGUUACAUUAUUGGCCGAGGGCGUGGCAUCCUAAAGAAGCGUAAAGAUCGUGGAAGGGGAAGAGGGAUAAAUAAAGGACUCGAAGAGGAAAUAAGGCCUGUGAAGAAAUGGCCAACUAUGAGUCAGGCAUUCAUAAACCAGCAUACUGUGGAACACAAAGGAAAACAAAUUUGUAAAUAUUUCCUAGAGGCACGGUGUAUUAAGGGAGACCAAUGUAAAUUUGAUCAUGAUGCAGAAAUAGAAAAGAAAAAGGAAAUCUGCAAGUUUUAUAUACAGGGUUAUUGUUCCAAAGGGGAGAACUGCAUUUAUAUGCAUAAUGAAUUCCCUUGCAAGUUCUAUCAUACAGGAGCCAAGUGCUACCAUGGGGAUAAGUGUAAGUUUUCACAUGACCCACUAACUAAAGAGUCAAAAGAACUACUUGAUAAGGUUUUAAAUAAUGAUGAGGAGCCACAAAAUGAUGACGAGAAAGAAGUGGAAGAACUUAGGAAGCGUGGAAUAGUUCCUCUUCCUAAACCACCUCCAGGAGUUGGACUUUUGCCAACUCCACCAGAACCAUAUUCAUUUACUGAGGAAGAUGUAGAAAUUUGUCAGGAUCCCUCUGGUGAAUUCAAAAAAAUUCCAUCUCUUUUUGAAAUAGUUGUGAAGCCAACAGUGGAUUUAGCACACAAAAUUGGAAAAACUCCACCAGCAUUCUAUAAUAGCACAUCACCACCAGGACCAGAAUUUGAAGGAAACGAUUCACAUAUAUACAAGGCAGACUCAAGCCCAGGACAUAACGGAUUGGCAGGACUUCCAGCUUCUCCUGGGCAUCCCUGCGUAGGUCCAGCAGUACCGCAGAGUCCACCUUUGCAGCCAGUGCCUCCAGGUUACUUGGGGCCACAGGGUCCAGUUGGUGGGCCUAUGCAUGGGCAACAGGGUGGUCCAUCUUUAACACCAUCUGGAGCAUCUUACGGCUGUGCUGUUGUUCAAGACCAUGUGGCAAACAUGCCCAGAGACAAUCACUGCACGUCUGGCCAGCCAUAUCAGCAAAUUGUCAGUGAACGACAGCCAAACACUGGUUACGAGCCUCUUCAGAAUCCAUCCAAUUUCUAUGAUAAUUACUAUUCACAUCAGGCUGUACACAACUUCCAGGCAACCAAUAAUGCUGGUGAUGGUACAUGGCAAGGAGAAUUUACAGAACACCAGCCUCACCACACUUCUUCAGAUUCACAUAACAGUGGAAAUGAGUACGAAUUAGAUUGUGCCUCUGCAACAGGACACAAUUCAGCUAUUAAUGUACCAGACUUCCUUCCUGCAAUGCAAAAAGCCCUUUUCGUUAGGCUCAGUCAGAAACAACAAGAUGAUGGAGACCAAAUGAGCAGUCGUUGUCAAAGGUCAUUGAGUAGAGAAGAAGAUGAUAAUGUAAACUGGUACUCUAGCAGUGAAGAGGAAGAAGGAAACAGUGUUAAAUCGAUACUAAAGACCUUAAAGAAACAAAGUGAGACAUUUAGAAAUCAACAGCAGUCAGCAGACCAGCAGCUGCGUGUUAUGCCAACUGAUCCAAGACUUGCUAAAGAACGAGGCCCAGGAAUUCAAGCUGCUGAUCCCAGGCUCAGGUCCACUUCAAGAUCAAAUGCUCAAAAAACAUCUGAUUCAGGAGCCUUAGACCCAAGGCUCUCACGAGAUCCUAGGACGUUAAAGGGUAACGAAAGUAGUCAUGCAAGCUCAUCAGUUGGUGGAGUAAAGAUGGACUUGCAUCACACACAUCCUAGUGUCAAAAUCAUGCAGAAAGGACUAGAUGAAGAUGAUGAGGAAGUAGAACGAGAGCUGAGGGAGCGACCUUUUUUGAUACCAUUAGAACCUCUUCCAGGAGUAACACUACGGGAUCCAAGGUCUCAACUUAGGCAGUUUAGCCAUAUCAAAAUGGACAUUGUUUUGAGCAAACCCAACUUUGCUAAACAUAUUGUUUGGGCUCCUGAAGAUUUACUCCCAGUACCUUUGCCCAAACAAGACCCAGUAUCCUCGAUCAAUUUACCUCUUCCUCCUCUGAUAGCUGACCAGAGAUUUAAUCAAUUAAGGAAUAUAAAAAAUGAUCCAGUCACAAGUGCAGUUCCAUCUGACCCCCGAUUAGCCGCAAAAGCAAAAAAUGCAAAUUUAGCAAGCAGAAGUAUUUCUUUGGACCAUGCUGGAGAUUCCCAUCCUGGGAAAUUAGGAGAUCCUCGCUUACAGAAAACCAUUGACCCUAGACUCCAUAGAUCAUCCAGUACAGACACUCACCAUGGGACAGCAAAAGACCUCUUGCCUUCUAAAACUGAUCCCCGAUUAGCCAAAUCUAGUGGUGCUACAUCACAGUCCUCAGAGGCUGCAGCCUCACAGACUGAUUCAGAUGUGUUGCCUCCAUAUGCACCUAAGUUGUCAUCUUCUAGUGCUCAUCUGGGCACUCCUAGUUCAAUACUGAGUGGUAUUAGUUUGUAUGAUCCAAGAAAUCAAGUAGCAUUGGAUCCUCCAAUUAAUUCAGGGGAGAAUGGAGAGAACCAGAAAAAGGGUAUUUUAAAAAAUUCUAGCCAAAGUGAAGCUACUUUGUCAGAAGAACAGCUGCCUCAGAAAUUAUCUCCACAUGUAGAAAAGAAUCUGGAAGGAUCUGGAGAAGCCAAUCUGGAUAAAAUGGGUAGCAUCAGUAAGUCUCACACUAAACACUCCAGUUCUGCACCCGCAGUGCACAACCUUCCUAUCCAAGCUUUAUCAGGGUUAAUCAGACCACAAUAUACUGAUCAGAGGCAAGUAAAGCAGUCUGGGCAAACCAGUCAAACAGCAGAAAAUGAUCCAAAUGAGGAAUCGGAUGACAAAUCACUGAAAGAUGUUUUCAAGACUUUUGACCCAACUGCUUCACCUUUUUGUUAGAUACCGGUGAUUGUUUACUAAGACUUUUUACCAUUGUGAGUAAUGCAGGUUUCUGCAAUUUUGUAACUGGUUUACCUCUGUGCUUUAUUUAUUUUUAAAUUAUAACCAGAAACACUUUUGGGCUGCUAUUUUCAGAACCACAUGCAGUAAUACAGUAUGCUAUAGUGUUUGCCAAGUUGGUAUUUUCUGUAUAAUUUCCCCAUUUUGGGGGAGAUUAAUCAUUUAUCUGUGUGUUUUUUUUAAAAAAAAUGUUAUAUCAUGUUAGAACUGAAAGAAGCACUUUCGUUGUAAAUAAUCAUAAUUGGGAUUCAGUUUGAAGACUUGUAUAUGUGUACUGUGUUUUUUUCAAAAUUACCAUUUAGCGAAUGUUUGCCACUUUUGUAUGAUUGUACAGGUUCAAGCAAUAUAAUGUACAUUACUGUAAGAGACACUAUUUAAGAUGACACUUAUUAAAUCUAUCAAGUCCUACCUGCUAAGCAAAAUUUUAAAAAAAUUGAUCUUUUCUGAGCAGUUGACGCAAGGCAUCAUUUUUUAUUCGUGAAUCUGAUAUCCUGUAUUGCAUAUUAAGGAGCUGAAACAACUUUUUAAAGUAUUUUAUUCAGUGCUGUAUAUAGAAGAUAAUGCAAAGGACAUAACUAAAACAUUACCCUUAGAGUAGAAAUCACAUAUGCAGUGUAUGUAAAAAUGUAUUUACUUUUUUCAUGUAUACACUAUUCUCAAUUAGUGCUGUGUACCAUUGUGGUGUUCAUGUAUUCAAUGUAUUUUUGUAUUCAGCUGCUUAAUUUGUAUUGCUUUUUGUAUUGAUGUAAUGACAGUAACAUGUAUUCAUGUGUCUGACAUUUUUAACAAAUUAAAGAGGGAAAAUCUCUUAAC